ACUGUGUGUUUCCCAAAACGUGUUGUGGCUAGAAAACCAUUUAUUUUCCCUGAAAACACGUGACGCCCAUCGGCUGAGAGAGGGUGGCUGUCUUGCCUGCCCGUCAUAUUGCUUUAAUCUUGCUCAUGUUAACGGUUCCUCCUCAUUUUAUCGCAGUCUCUCUCAGUGAGCAGCCGUGAACUUAAUCUUUCUCUACGUGCACUCUGAUCCCUUUUCCUUGAUAUAGGCCUACUUGUUUUAGGAACACUUUAUCCUCAUUUUCUUACAUUUAUACUUUUAUAACUACAUACUGUAUUGAGCAGAACUCGUUUUAAUCACGGAAUCGAUAAGGUCUCCAGUCUACUAUGGAUGAGGAGAGAGUGGAGGGGGGUCCUACCUCUAAAACCCCUUUGCCUGGGGAACAUGGCUGCCAGAGCAAAGCAAAGAGACGGAGGCAGGAGAGGGCAGACUCCCCUGGACCCAGCUGUGUCUCCAUGAAGAGUGACAGCUCUAUGGGAUCUGCUGCUGUCGAGUGCCAACAUAUAAUCAAGUCUAAUUUGAAGAAGAAGUUCUGGUGUAUGUUUGAAGGAAUCCCUAAAGCAGGACAUUCAACACCUCUGAAUGAGUUCUACACAGAGAUCAUCAUCACAAAGAGAGGCAGCGGAGAGGUCAACAAGGAACAUGAGAACAGACUGAUUGAAACAGCUUCCAGGAAACCAGUCAAGGAGGAAACACCAAUCAAAUGUGGAGACAUCUUUAAACCCCUACCUGGACAAGAUAAACCAAUCAGGACAAUAAUGACAACUGGAGUGGCCGGCAUUGGUAAAACCGUCUUAACACACAAGUUCAUUCUGGACUGGGCUGAAGGCAAAGCCAACCACGACAUACACUUCACAUUUCUCCUCACUUCCAGAGAGCUGAAUUUACUGAAAGGGAAAGAGUUUAGCUUGGUGGAACUUCUUCAUCACUUAUUUAUUGAGACCAAAGAAGCAGGAAUCUGCAGAUACGACCGGUUCCAAGUUGUCUUCAUCUUGGAUGGACUGGAUCAGUGUCGACUUCUUCUGGACUUUCAAUACACACCGAUCUGGACUGAUGUCACAAAAUCCACCUCGGUGGAGGUGCUGCUGACAAACCUCAUCAGGGGCAACCUGCUUCCCUCUGCUCGCAUCUGGAUAACCACACACCCUGUGGCAGCCAAUCAGAUCCCUGCCGAGUAUGUUGACGUGGUGACAGAGGUCAGAGGAUUCACCGACCCACAGAAGGAGGAGUACUUCAGGAAGAGAUUCAGAGAGGAGACACUGGCCAGCACAAUCAUCUCCCAAGUCAAGAAAUCAAGAAGCCUCCACAUCAUGUGUCACAUCCCAGUCUUCUGUUGGAUCACUGCUACAGUUCUGGAGGACAUCAUCAAAACAUCCAAGAUAGGAGAAGAGACUCCCAAUACCGUGACUCAGAUAUACUGCCGCUUCCUGAGGGUUCAGUCCAUGCAGGGGGACAGGAAGUAUCGUUCGACAGCUGAAACAGAUACACACUGGAGUUCACAGAGCAGGCAGAUCAUUUUUUUCUUGGGAAAACUGGCUUUUAACCAGCUGGAGAGUGGCAAUCUGAUCUUUUACGAGAAAGACCUGGCAGAGUGUAAAGAAUAUAGCGACGAAGCCACAGUGUACUCAGGAUUGAUCACCCAGAAAGACAACAAGUGUGUGCUGUACCAGGACAAGGAGUUCUGCUUGGUCCAUCUGAGCCUCCAGGACUUUCUGGCUGCUCUUUAUGUCUUGCGGUCCUUCAACUACACUGGUGUCAAUCUGCUCUUAGAAGAACAACCAACCUCCGGUGAUGAUAAACUCCUCCUCCUCUACCAGAGUGCUGUGGAUAAGGCCUUAGAGAGUAAGAACGGACACCUGGACUUGUUCCUCCGCUUCCUCCUGGGCCUCACUCUGGAGCCCAAUCAGAUUCUCCUACAAGAUCUGCUGGGACAGACAGUAGCUAGUAGCUCGCAUACCAACAAGGAAAUCGUGUCUUACAUCAAGGGCAAGAUAGGUGGAGAUCUCUCUCCAGAGAGAAGCAUCAAUCUGUUCCACUGUCUGAAUGAGUUGAAUGACCGUUCUCUAGUGGAGGACAUCCAACAGUCCCUGACAUCAGGAAGUCUCUUCGAAACACAUGUCUCUCCUGCUCAGUGGUCAGCUUUGGUCUUCAUCUUACUGUCAUCAGAAGAGGAGCUGGAUGUUUUUCACCUAAAGGAAUACUCUUCUUCAGAGGAGGGACUUCUGAGGCUGCUGCCAGUGGUCAAAGCCUACAAAACAUCUCUGCUGAAUGACUGUGGUCUGUCAGAGGAAUGCUGUGAAGCUCUGGCCUCAGUUCUCAGCUCCAACUCCUCUAGUCUGAGAGAGCUGGACCUGAGUUCCAAUGAUCUGAAGGAUUCAGGAGUGAAGCUGCUCUCUGCUGGAAUGGGGAGUCCACACUGUACACUGGAAACUCUCAGGCUGAAUGGCUGUCAUCUAUCAGAGAGUUGCUGUGAAGGUCUGGCCUCAGUUCUCUGCUCCAACUCCUCUAGUCUGAGAGAGCUGGACCUGAGUACCAAUGACCUGCAGGAUUCAGGAGUGAGGCUGCUCUCUGCUGGACUGAAGAGUCCACACUGUACACUGGAAACUCUCAGGCUGCGUGGCUGUCAUCUGUUAGAGAGAUGCUGUGAAGCUCUGGCCUCAGUUCUCAGCUCCAACUCCUCUAGCCUGAGAGAGCUGGACCUGAGUACCAAUGACCUGCAGGAUUCAGGAGUGAAGCUGCUCUCUGCUGGACUGGAGAAUCCACACUGUACACUGGAAACUCUCAGGCUAAAUGGCUGUCAUCUGUCAGAGAGAUGCUGUGAAGCUCUGGCCUCAGUUCUCAGCUCCAAAUCCUCUAGUCUGAGAGAGCUGGACCUGAGUACCAAUGAUCUGCAGGAUUCAGGAGCGAGGCUGCUCUCUGUCGGACUGGGGGAUCCACACUGUACACUGGAAAUUCUCAGCUUGUCUGGCUGCCUGGUCACACAGGAAGGCUGUGCUUCUCUGGUCUCAGCUCUGAGCUCGAACCCCUCCCAUCUGAGAGAGCUGGACCUGAGCUACAAUCACCCAAGAGACUCAGGAGCUGCGCUGCUCUCUGCUCGACUGGAGGAUCCACACUGGAGAUUGGACACUCUCAGUGUGGAGCACGGUGGAGUGUGGAGGCUGAUACCAGCUCUUAAGAAGUAUGCCUGUGAACUAACACUGGACCCAAACACAGCCCACAGACGACUCUCGCUGUCUGAGGACAACAGAAAGGUGACGGGGGUUCGAGAGGACCAGUCGUAUCCGUAUCACCCAGAAAGAUUUGACCGCUGGUCCCAGGUGUUGUGUAAAGAGGGUCUGACUGGUCGCUGUUACUGGGAGGUAGAGAGGAAAGGAGAUGUUUCUAUAGGAGUGACAUACAGACCGAUCACAAGAAGAGGACGGGGUAAUGACAGCAGGCUUGGAUGGAACAACAAGUCCUGGACUCUUUAUUUUCAUGAUGAUCUUUGCUCUGCCCGUCACAACGGUAGAGAUACAGACAUACGUCUCCCGUACGCUGGCUCUACCAGAGUAGGAGUGUAUCUGGACCGGCCUGCUGGCACUCUGUCCUUCUACAGAGUGUCCCCAGAUGGAGGAGGGUCCUCAGACACACUGACACACCUCCACACCUUCCAGUCCACCUUCACCCAGGAGGAGCUCCUCCCUGGGUUCAGGGUAUCGUUGUGUGCCUCAGUGUCUCUGUGUUAGUUAUAGUCUCUCACUCUCUCUCUCUCUCUCUCUCUCUCUCUGAGUCUGAGGAUACACGCACGUCGCACACAUAUAUUAACACACACACACAUAUAUAAUAACACAUGCAUAUAUUAACACAGACGCACAUAUAUUAACACAGACACGCACAUAUAUUAACACACACGCGUGCGCAUACAUUGUACACACAUGUGCCCACGCAUGCAAACACACACGCGAGCACGCACACACACACACACACAUCGAAACACAAACACACACAUGCUGUAUAAAUACACAUAUCUACAGACACACACACAUAUUAAGACACAUAUAUUUUAACUGAACAUGUUCUGCUGCUGUAUUGUUCCCACCAGAACAGAAGCAAUCAAUACUCAGUUUAAAUUAAUCACAACAUCAUCAAUAGCUUUUCCCAGACCACUUGCAUUAUGAAUAUCUUACUACUAUAAUAGCAGGCCUGUCGCACCAGUUACUCAAGUUAGUCAUGUGCGCAUGUGCCAAGCAGCGUGUGUUUAUACAUGCGCAUAUAAACACACGCUCGCAUGCAUUUUGUUCAACAAAUAUAGUAAUGUUCAACAACCACAGCUACUGUGCCUCAUUCUGGCCUUCAUCUUGAAGCACAGCAUUAGUGGCAGUGGAUUAAAGAUUUGUUGGAUCUUUUAAAUAUUGUAGCACCUGGAUGUGCCCCCACAAGUAAAUACUACUUUGACAAAUCUUUCUUUAAUUUGGCAAAACAAUUCGAAAUUCACCAUUACUGUAAAAUUUGCUCGCAAUAUAUAGGUAAGUUGUUUACCCCUUGCUGCAGUGACGGAAAUGUUGAUGAAAGAGUCAACAAAAAUGAAAGGUAUUUAUUUUCUCGUAAUGCCCUUACGGCAACAACUGAAGGAGCUCUUCCAAAACACUACUUUCUAACAGUUCUUAAACGACAGCAAAACAAAUAUGGGCAUGGGGGACAUUUACAGUGGAAGUAUGUACACCUCAAAACUUAAAACCUUUGUUGAUACCCUUGACAACAUUUCACUUUCAUUUAAUAUUGAUGGGGCUUCAGUUUUUAAAUCAUCCAAUUACUCAAUUUUAAGUUACUACACACUGUGUAGUAACUCACUAUAGUAUUUACCAUAGUACACUACAAUGUCUGGAAAAUUACUAUAGUAAAUCCCACACUAUAUUGUAGUAUAGUAUAGUAAUCUAUAGUAUACUACACUGUGUAGUAACUUACUAUAGUA